UGUGAAUGACAAAAAGAAAGUGCCAACACACAAGGAGUAGAUUUUGUUUCAGAGAGAGGCAGAGAGACAAGUAGAGGAACAUCUGGCCCAACAGAUUACGAAUCAGUAUCCCACGUGCUGCUCCAACAUGGCAGACACCAAGGCCUACACAUUGGAUUUGUUCUCUGAACCAGCUUUGUGGCAAAAUCAAAGCUUUGUGUUCAACAUGACGGCUGCUAACACCAGCUCUGUUUUCACGGGUCUUGUGUCGCCGGUGAUGGAGCAAAUCAUCAAUGUACUUAUGGUAUUCCUCCUAUUCAUCACCAUGGUUUCACUAGGAUGCACCAUGGAGGUGUCCAAGAUCAAGACUCACAUUGUGAAACCUAAGGGGGUAGCAAUAGCAGCGCUGGCCCAGUUUGGUGUCAUGCCUCUUUCAGCCUUUUGCCUAGCUAAGGCGUUCCAGCUGACUGAAAUGACGGCUGUGGUGGUUCUGAUCUGUGGCUGCUGUCCUGGAGGAUCCCUCUCCAACAUCCUGGCCCUGGCUCUGCAGGGAGACAUGAACCUCAGCAUGGUGAUGACGUCCUGCUCCACGGUACUGGCUCUGGGCAUGAUGCCUCUGCUGUUUUACCUCUACUGUCAGGGCUUCGACCUGCAGAACUCCGUGCCCUACGUUGAAAUCCUCGUAUCGCUGGUCAUGAUCCUCAUACCCUGCAGUGUGGGCAUCCUCAUCAACUACUACAGGCCGCGGUACGCCAAGACCGUCACAAAGGUAGGCAUCACUUUUAUGAUAAUUUGCUUCGUGGGAAUCGGCAUCGCUGUCAGCCUUGAUAUGGAAGACUCCAUCCUCACGGUGGUGUCUCCUCCGCUCAUGGCCAUCGGUGCUCUCAUACCCUUCAUAGGCUACUCCUUCGGAUACAUCAUCUCCUGGCUCUUCAGACUCAACCAAUCGGAGCGGAGGACCGUUGCUAUGGAAACAGGCUGUCAGAACAUCCAGCUGUGCUCCACCCUUCUGAAAGUGGCCUUUCCCCCGGCGCUGAUCGGCCCUCUGUUCCUGUUCCCCGCGGUCUACGGGCUGUUCCAGCUGGCGGAGGCGGGGCUGCUCAUCGUGCUGUUCAGGUGUCACCAAUGGUUCACACUCAGAAAGAAAGAUACAUACCAGCCAGCAAUCACUGAAGACAAGUUGAAAGAGGCCUGUGAGGGGACUGUAUGAUUUUAUUUCUACUGACAUCAGCCAUAUCAGGCUGAUUUUGAAGAUUGAAAGUACUGUAUAGUC